AAAUGAGAUAGAAGUAGAGUAUAACAUUACUCCUUUUUUAAGUCAAGUGUACUAAAACCAUUUCGCUUAGGGGUGGAUAGGAUGAUGAGCAGCUUGUUGAGCGUGCUACUCUUCAAGUCUCUAAGCACCGGUUCCACUUCCCUGUAGAGAGUAAACAUGGAGAACCGCCCCAUCCAAAUCCCUCGACUGAAACUUGGCCGUCAGGGACUGGAGGUUUCUAGAUUGGGCUUCGGGUGCUAUGGACUAUCCGGGGUAUACAACAAUCCUCUUUCUCAUGAAGCUGGAAGUGCAGUUAUUCAGGAAGCAUUCGAUAGGGGCAUCACCUUCUUUGAUACGUCAGAUCUCUAUGGGCGUAAUCAUGAUAAUGAAAUCAUGGUUGGCAAGGCUUUGAAACAGCUUCCUCGAGAAAAAAUUCAACUGGCUACUAAAUUUGGCUUGGUCAAGUUAGACUGGGAUCGACAUAGUCAAUAUGUUGCUAGGGGCAGCCCUGAAUACGUCCGGGCAUGCUGUGAAGCUAGUCUUAAGCGGCUUGAGGUCGACUAUAUUGAUCUUUACUAUGCACAUCGCAUCGAUGUUUCAGUGCCAAUCGAGGAUACUAUGGGGGAGCUUAAGAAACUGGUAGAGGAAGGGAAGAUAAAAUAUAUUGGGUUAUCAGAAGCUAGUGCAGACACAAUAAGGAGAGCUCAUGCGGUUCAUCCCAUCACUGCAGUACAAAUGGAGUAUGCCCUUUGGACCCGUGACAUCGAAGAUGAGAUAGUUCCAGUUUGCCGCGAGCUAGGCAUUGGAAUAGUUGCAUACAGCCCUCUUGGUCGUGGUUUAUUUGCUGGAAAGGCAGUUCUUGAGCCCUUGCCCCCGGAGAGUUUAUUGCCAGCUUUUCUUCCAAGGUUCAGUGGGGAAAAUCUAGAGAAAAACAAAAAUCUUUAUAGCAGACUUGCUAUUCUGGCUGAAAAGCAUGCCUGCACUACUGCUCAAUUAGCUUUGGCGUGGCUUCUGCAUCAGGGCGAGAACAUUUUCCCAAUCCCAGGUACGACUAAAGUUUGGAACAUCGAUGACAACAUUGGUUCCUUGUCCGUAAAGCUCUCUGAAGACGAUCUCAAAGAAAUUUGUGACGCGGUGCCCUUUCAUGAAGUUUUUGGCGAACGAUCAGCAACUUCGCUUUCUCAAUUUGAUUGGAAAUUUGCAAAUACCCCAUCAAAAUAAAAUAUUUGCCAAUUUCUUUAUGCUUUCUCUAUGUAUUUUUGUUUGUUCAAGAACAAUGGUCUAUAUAAAAACAUGGAGUUCUUUGUUGCGUA